AUGCGAGAUUCUGCUAAAAACAACUAUUGUCGAUCUGAAUGGGUUUCACGAGUAAAUGUUAGUAAUAUUGUAACAGUUUAUAUUAAUGAUACAAAACAUCCUUUUUAUCAUUCAAAUCAAAUAGUAUAUAUUGUUGAACAUAUUGAAGUUUUUAAAGCACCAUCAAGAUUUAAUGGAACAUUACCACCAUAUAUUUAUACACCAUCUGAAUCAGCUGCUUGUGGAUUAGAUUUAUUAAGUAAAGGUCAUGAAUAUUUGUUAUCAGGACAGUUUUCAUCUCAUAACAUUGCUACAACAACAUUAUGUGGUCAGAUUCUUUCUGAUCUUAAACCUUCGGUCGGUAUUAUUCAAGAAUGGAAAGAAAUUGAUGAUCUUCAAAAAGCUGCACUUCAACAUAAUGGUUAUGAACCAUGUAACAAUGAAAUGGUCAAGGACAAUAAACUUACUAGUAAAAUUAACAAUGCUACAUCAACACCAACAAUUCCAGUUGCAACAUUGAAAGGAAUUAAACAAAAAUCAACAGAAGAAGUGAUUAAAAAUUAA